GCAGGGACAGACCAGCUGCGUCCAGUAGUUUUCAAUACUCGGGGGCGCACACACAUCCAUUAAAAGAGCGGGUCGCACCGAUAAAGAAAGAAAAAAAAAGAAAAGAAAAGAAAUUCACGGAAGCAAACUGCCAUUGUUAACACCCAUCAUCCAAUUAGAGCGAAGGAAAACAAAAAUCGGCAAAAGAUUUUUGCUCUCGUUCGAGUUAUUUGAUUUAUUUUUUUUUUUGGCUUCUGUUGGGGACUGAAAUUGAUCGUCUGAUUGGCGAGUGAUUUCGGCCAAUGUUACAGCAGACAUUGGUGCGACAACAAUUAUCUACGCCAGUGGGUGUGUUUUGUUUGUUGCUUCCGUGUAAUUGUUGCGAACGGCACGGACAGCGCAGGGCAACUGAUUUGCUGUUCGUCUCCUCUUUACUCUCGUUUUCUUCCUCAUUCACCAGUUAUGUCUGCUGCCUCUCUGUCGUUGGCCUGCGCGCUCUUCUGAGUGUUUCGCCCAAACUGUGUCACGAAAAAGAGAGCCGCUUCAAGUUGGGCGUGUCAUCGCACUUUUGAAACGACAAACAAAACACAUUUGAAAGUCAUCCCCCCUUUUUUUAUUAUUAUUAUUAUUUUAUUUUACUAUUAAAAAAAAUCCCAUUUCAUCCUCGCCCUCCUAUCGAAAGAGAAUUUCACCGAGUGGAGUGUUUGUGAGUGUGUGGUGUGUGUAUCUGUGCGAGUGGGUUACACGUCCGGUUUUUUUAGUGUCUAAACGUAACGCGGCUGGUGGCGAAACAGAGCGCGGAUGUCGAGGACGGUCGGCCAGUCUCGCCAGCGGUGAUAUAUAUACAGCACAAAGUCAGCUGUCGACACGGCUGUCGACGUCAUCGUCGACCUUCUCUUCGUCGCCGUUGUUGCAGAGAGAGAGAGAGAGAAGAAAAAAAAAGGAGGCGAUCCGAAGUAGCCAAAAAGAAGAAGAAAUUGUUCUGCUCUUUUGAUUUGUUGUUUACGGGGUUUUUCCGGCCACAACAGCCGCCAAAACAUCUACUGCGUUCCACAACAAAAAACCAUUGCAGCAUCCACAUUGUCUCGCCUGAAGGAUUGGAGCUUACCGAAAAUGGGUUGCGCCAUGUCGGCCGAGGAGAGGGCGGCCGUUGCCCGUUCGAAACUCAUCGAGAAGAACCUCAAAGAAGAUGGAAUCCAAGCGGCCAAGGAUAUCAAACUACUGCUCCUCGGUGCUGGCGAAUCGGGUAAAAGUACCAUCGUCAAACAGAUGAAAAUUAUUCACGAGAGCGGUUUCACGUCGGACGAUUUCAAACAAUACCGGCCGGUGGUCUACAGCAAUACCAUCCAGUCCCUUGUGGCCAUUCUAAGAGCUAUGCCUAAUCUAGGCAUCUCCUUCGUCAACAACGAGAGAGAGCCCGACGCCAAGAUGGUGAUGGACGUCAUUUCGCGCAUGGAAGACACGGAGCCAUUCUCCGAAGAGUUGCUGGCCGCCAUGAAACGGUUGUGGAUCGAUUCCGGAGUUCAAGAGUGCUUCGGCCGAUCCAAUGAAUACCAGCUCAACGAUUCCGCUAAAUAUUUCUUGGACGAUUUGGACCGAUUGGGAGCCAAAGAUUACCAACCAACCGAACAGGAUAUUCUACGGACGCGAGUCAAAACCACCGGCAUCGUCGAAGUCCACUUCUCUUUCAAGAACCUCAAUUUCAAGCUGUUCGACGUGGGAGGUCAGCGCUCCGAGCGGAAGAAGUGGAUCCAUUGCUUUGAAGAUGUCACAGCCAUCAUCUUUUGCGUGGCCAUGUCCGAGUACGAUCAAGUGCUCCACGAAGACGAGACCACCAAUCGAAUGCAAGAGAGUUUGAAACUUUUCGACUCGAUUUGCAACAACAAGUGGUUCACGGACACGUCCAUCAUCCUCUUCCUCAACAAAAAGGAUCUCUUCGAAGAGAAAAUCAAAAAAUCUCCUCUCACCAUCUGCUUCCCAGAAUACACAGGUGCACAAGAGUACGGCGAAGCAGCGGCCUACAUUCAAGCUCAGUUCGAGGCCAAGAACAAAUCAACGACCAAGGAGAUCUACUGCCACAUGACGUGCGCCACGGACACGACCAACAUCCAGUUCGUGUUUGACGCCGUCACCGACGUCAUCAUCGCCAACAACCUACGAGGAUGCGGUCUCUACUGAGUGCCACACACCUUUGCUGCCAGAUCCCCACCACGUUUACAUAUUGAACUUUCGAAUUCAUUCUCCAAUUUUUAUUUUUGUUUUCCUUCGUUUAAUUUAAUGGUUUCGUUUUUUGUUGGUUUGUUUUCUGGAGUUGGGCAAAACGUCCUUUUACUCCCGCCAUUGGCCGAGAAAAAAAAAAGAGAGAGAAAUAUCACACGCACAUACUGAUGACGUCAUCACAGACACAAAAUCCCAACUAUUUGGAUCAUGUUUAGCGCAACAAAAGAAGAGCAGCUCAUCCUCCGUAUCUCUUUUUAUCCCCCGACUGUCAAUUUUUCUUCCCUUGCAUAUUGUUGUGUUUUCUUUUCAUUUUUUUUUCCAAAUCUUAUUAUUUUUCACUUGUUUUGCUUUCCACCGGAUGUUGUCUGCCCACGGCAGCCAUCAGCCUCUUUUCUCCUGUUCUCUGUCUCGAAAUGAAGUGAACGCUAGUCAAUGGCCCUCCUACCUUGACCGCCUCCACCGUUUAAUACGAAAAGGAAACCCAAAACAAAUGAAAAAAAAAGAGAGAGGACGAACGACAGUACAAUCCCGAGAGCACAAAAUCAAGGGGGGAUUCAUAUUACCAUAAAUAUAAAAGCGAAAAAAAAAAUAAAGUUGCAACAAUGCUGAGGGCCAGCAAUCCCAAGAAGGCGGUGUGCAUGCCGUGUGCACAGGAGAUGACAUUCCAAUCUUUUGAAUUUUAAGAA